UCGCCGAACACGCGUGAGGGAAAUUGAGUCGUUAACUAGAUUGCAAAGAAGGCAACAAAGUAACAUAGAUAAAGUUAGGAAGUAGUUAUUUUGCGGUAAUUAGACGCAAUGGAGCAUUUGAGCUAGCUUACGGUGGUCACAUUAGCAACUAAGCUAAGUAACUACAAUCUGUAGCUAGAUGCGUAGUGUGUUUGUUAGCCCGCUAGCCAGGCAAAGCUAACGUCACUGGGAAUUUUAAACAACGUCUACGUUUAGAGCUAAGUUGUACCUUAAAAUAAACCAUUUAAUUUGCGUUUUCUCGUAACUCAAAGAGAAAGUGUGUCGUAAUGUCGCCUCCUCUGUAUCUAUCGUUGUUCGGUCGCAGGAGUCAUGAAGGGUCAACGAACAUAUCUGACAGCGAGUCAGAGGAAGAGCCCGAGCUCCCCCUCAAUCAAUUCUAUCCAUAUAUCCGCUGUGCCCUUUGCUGUGGCUUCCUCAUCGACGCCACCACCAUCACAGAGUGCCUCCACACAUUUUGCAAAAGCUGCAUCGUGAAGCAUUUUUUCCACAGCAACCGGUGUCCCACGUGCAACAUCGUUGUCCACCAGACACAACCCAUUUACAACAUCAGGCCUGACCGACAGCUACAGGAUAUUGUUUACAAAAUGGUUCCCUUCCUGGAGGAGUCUGAGAGAGAGCAAAUGUGUAACUUCUACAAAGAGAGAGGGCUGGAGGUGCCAAAACCAGUGGUGAUUUCCCCUCCGGGUCCCGUUGUUUUAAAGAGGCAGAAGAAGGAAAACAUUCCCCAGACUAUCUUCACCAUUCCUCCUGAGCUGGACGUAUCUCUGCUGCUGGAUUUUGUGGGGGCCGAAGAGGGCAUCAAUAACUACAAGCCCUUAGAGAGGCGGUACGUUCGGGUGUCGGGCGAGGCCACUGUCCGCCACGUGGAGCUGUUCAUCAGGAGGAAGAUGGAGCUGAGCUCCUCCUGCCAGGUGGAUGUGGUUUGUGGAGACCACCUCCUAGAUCACUACCAGUCACUCAAAGACAUACAGAGCUCUGUGGGCGAAGAGGCACUACAGGACGGUCUGUUGGUGCUGCACUUUGGCCUGGUCCUGCCCACCCAGUCUUGAGAACAAGAGCUGUGAACAGAACUGGGUUUUGUUUCUCUUCAUCAGACUCUCGUCAUAAUGUGGAAUAAAGUUUCCUCUUUGGCAUUAUAGGUUCUCUACAGCUGCCCAGGAUGUCUUGUUAGGAUUGUCUCUUUCUGCGGGGGGCCGGCGAAACAUUCUUGAACCUCAACUCAUCUGCUCACACUGUAGCAUCAAAUGUUCAACUCAAGACUCGUCGUCCCGUAUUCAGGACGACGAGUCAGUGCUUCCACUGACUGAAGCUGUACUGUGCCUCCGUCAGUGGGUCUGUAACGUUGAAACAGUAAGUCUGUGAAGGUAACACAACGUCUAGUCUGAAAAGCUACGUCAGUGUAGUUUUGCUUUCUUUUUCUGGAAAGCAGAGACCUGUAUCUAAUUUCUGUCUAUUUAUGAUCUCAAGGGCUGAGUGGGAUUUCAGAUAAAUAGUUGUGAUUUUUAAAGGGCUUGAAACUACAACUACCAAACUGGGGGAGGGGGGGUGAUAUGGAGUUUCGAUCUACACACUUGCUGCUUGUUGAUUUACUGAUUUAAUUUAAGAGCUUUUGUACAGACUGUCUGCUGAUGUAAAUUGGUAUGUUUGAUUUAAUUCUCACAGGAUGACAAAAGUUUUGUAUAGUCUUU